AUGGAUCUGCCUACAACGGAUGUGGACCUUGGGCCUAAGAAGAUUGAAGAUAAGAAGGAGGGAGGUCCCUUGUUCCAUUGUGAUCUUUGUGAAACAGAACUUAUUCACAAGCUGGCUCAAAUGCUACUGCCAGGACUAGCCUCUGCUUGUGUUGAUAACACAACAGGAGAUCCCUUCAAGACUCCUGGUUCAGUGGCUGUUGAUUUGAGAAAAGAAAUGAUAGAUUGUCUUACCCAAAGAAGUGAAUCAUUUGUUGCUGAAUCUGUUAUCUUAGAAGGUGAUCCUGAUGGUAAAGUAUCAGAUCACCCUUUUGAUAUUAUUUCUUAUUUUGUUGAUGACUUUGUAAGUUCCAAGAGGAAUUUGUUAAGUCAGGUUUCGGGAUGGCUGCUAAGUGAGAAGAGAGAAGACAAAAUAGAUGAUUUUGUUCAAGAGAUGGAAAUGAAAAGUUUUUGGUCAUUGGAUAGAAGAGAAAAAGUUGCAGCAACUUUGCUUAGGAAUGUUGACUUUAAGAACUCAUUUCAUUGCAGCAUGAAUUUUAGUUCUGCUGAAGAUCUAGCAAACCAUGUUGGUGAUUGCAUCUUCAGACCUGUGAUCUGCCAAAAUGAGGGAUGCAAUUCCAGAUUUAGUGCUGGUCAUUUGAAGGAUCAUGAUUCACAUUGUCCUUUCCAGAUAAUUCCAUGUGAACAAAAGUGCUUAGAUAGCAUUAUGAGACGUGAGAUGGAUAGGCACUGCAUAACUGUUUGUCCAAUGAAGCUUGUAAAUUGUCCUUUCUAUGCAGCGGGUUGUAGAUCUGCUAUUGCACAAUGUAUGAUUGAGAAACAUUGUUCAGAUGAUCUUCGUUCUCACUUACUGCACAUGCUUAAAGGCAUCCACAAGGAAGCAUCUGGUGAAGAUCUUAAGCGACGAGUAGAGCAAAUUUUACAGGCAUCAUCAAGCAGCGGGUUAGCAGAGGCUCGGGAUGUCAGAUCUUUAAAAAUUAUUGUCAAGGAUCUUGAAGCUAAGCUAGGGCCUUUGGAAGUGAGUACCAAAGAGAAAACUAGUGCAAAAACAGAUGCCAAGAAUGAAGAUAAUAGCAACAAACCAGAAGGCAAUGAGCAGAGAACACAAUCUUUAGAUUCAUCGGAUAAAGCUGAAGUGAGUGCCAUCUUGAAUCAGAAUAGUGCAGAGAAUGCUGUCAUUAAUGUAGAUAGUACUGAACAUAAGGAAAAUGGAAAGUAA